AGCAGCAAUUCACAAUGACAGUGACAGACUGACAGAUGCGAACAUUGCGAACCUUGUCAGGAAACUUCUAAACAUGUCAAAUAUCAUCUUGGAGGUGUUAGAUAACAUUUGCCGAGAUUUUUAGCUUUUAUCAACCAAUAUUAUCAAGGAAACUAAAAAAUGUCUGUGCUUCGUAGACUAAUACCGGUAGCUGCACGCUCUACAACCCUCCUGAACUCGUUGAAGAAAAACGCUCCGCGAGCCUUCGCUACCGAAGUGACAGAGACCCCAAAAGAGACAAGGCCCUCGUUUAGGAAGAUCAACCAGUCCUCAGUUGAUCAAUUGAAAGAUUUCGGCAGAUACGUAGCAGAAUGUUUGCCAAAAUAUAUUCAGAAGGUCCAAAUAGCUGCAGGGGAUGAACUGGAGCUUCUUAUAGUCCCUGAAGGUGUCUUGCCUGUCUUGCAAUUCUUGAAAGACCACCAUAGCUGCCAAUUCUCUAAUUUGGUUGAUAUUGCGGGCAUGGAUGUGCCUAGUAGGACUAACAGAUUUGAAGUGAUCUACAACAUCCUCUCUCUGCGUUUCAACGCCCGUAUCCGUGUCAAGACAUACACUGACGAACUGACACCACUUGAGUCAUGCAAUGACAUAUACAAGGCAGCCAACUGGUACGAACGAGAAAUAUGGGACAUGUAUGGUGUAUUCUUCUCAAACCAUCCAGAUCUUCGUAGGAUUCUUACUGACUAUGGAUUUGAAGGACACCCCUUCAGAAAAGAUUUCCCACUUAGCGGAUAUGUCGAGGUUCGAUACGACGAUGAAAAGAAGAGAGUGGUAGUGGAACCUUUGGAGUUGGCACAAGAAUUUAGAAGAUUUGAGCUGAGUGCUCCAUGGGAACAGUUCCCCAACUUCAGGAACGCUAAACCCAAAGAAACAGAAGAAGUGAAAACAGAAAAAUCAAAGAAAUAAGAUGUAAUAUAUAUGUGAUGCAAGUAAAUGUUAUGUUUAGUAUUGUUCAGUUAUCCACGUUAUUUUAACCAAGCAACAAGUAACAAAAUGGAAGAGCAGCAUGACAAAUCGUACGCCACUGUUAAUAUGAUGGGGUGAAGGACAGUCAUUCUACGUAGUGCCAGCCAGACAAAUAGUAACGCCACUUUUAUUAAUUCCAUGACCGUGAACACCGUAAUGGAAUACGCCAACAUGCAUCUCAUUUAUGGGGAAUGUAGAUGCAAUGCUAGUUCUUCAGCAAGGCUUUAUUGUGAGAGGUACCGGAAUGCCAAUCGUCAUCCCUAUAAUCGAGUUUUUUGUGAAUAUGGCCGUUAUCUCUCAGAGGGAUGACUUCCAAAUCAAGCACACGGAGAAGGCAGAAUCUCCUUUCCUUACGAGGACGUCGUACUACAAGUAGUCGCAGCAGUUUGCUCUCAUUUUUUGAAUGUGAAAGUCAUUACAUUCGAGUUUACUCAUUUCAGUGCCACGAGAUUUUGUUAAUGAACCUCAGCACGUCUAAAAAAUCUAUUAUUAACUAAAUGAAUUUUAUUAUUGGAACAAUAUACUUAAAAUAACGUAGCCAGUAAAUACUAUUUCAAGUAAUUAGAAUUGGUUCUUACCGGAGGUAUCGACGUCUGCCUUUUGAGAUGCGAUAAAGAUGGUGGAUUGUACGCCAUAUUCGCAAAUACUAAACGUUCUUCGUAGUCAUACUCGCAGAGUAUUUUGUUUUCACAUAGAUAGAAUCUGUCGCCUACACAGAAUCUGUAACAAAGAAAAAUUAUUUAUAUUAAAGCUCAUUUUAAAGCUAAAAGUUUAGUCAAAAGUUGCUACUAUUGUGUUCAAAAGUGUUAUACCACUCCUUAACCUACAUUGAAGAGGCAAGUUUUCGCGAUGACUUUCAAGUUCAGUGUGGAUCACUUAGUUAAAAAAGCUUUAAUCUAAAUUCUGAUUGAGCUAAAAUAUAAGCUUCAGAUUUCAGAUGAUGGGAGCAACUAUUCAGGAUAUUCAGGAAACUAGUUUCAAGUUGCGAUUUUCCAAAAAACCUACAACUUGAUUUUCUUUGAAAGCCACCGAAUUCCAUACUGUCAUCGCGACUCUACGUCCGAUGUAACAUAUGCAGCAUUUGCAGAUGAUGCAACAUUGAUUGGAACUGACAAAGAUCUAUUAAGUUCUGUUAGUAAAGUACAGACUGCUACCAGUAAUUUAGUGAAAUGGGGUGGACAAUCAAACUGCACGAAUUCAAAUCGAUUCACGUUUACCUUACAAACCCAAGAUUGACAGCCCCUCCUCAAAUAAGCAUCGUACCAUUGGAGCCAAAAGCGAAAUACUUAGGUAUGACUAGGGCUGCCAGUACCUAAAUUAACGACGACGGAAGCUGCAAGAACGUCGGACGUUUAGGUGAGACAGAUUUUUCCCCGGACACCCCAGAAUUUUUGUUAUAAAAUAAAACCAUCCUUACCAUUUCUAAUUUAAAUAGCUUGUUACAGAUUAAUUUAAUAAUUGUUGACAAACAUUGACAAAAUCCUCUCAAACAUACGGCAUAACAAAUGAAAUACUCAGGUCAUUACUAUUAAUUAUUUUUUUGAGGUAAUCUGGUAGCAAAAAUAAUUAGUAACACUUUUCUUCAUGGCAAUAGAUAUCAAAUGACAACUUAUCAGGAAAUUAUAUGGAACGAGGUCGAACAGAAUUUCUGAGAAAAAAAUUUAAUUCUAAAAAUGGGGUUCUCAAUACCUGUGGGAGAUAUAUUUAUGUUAAAUUUGGAAAUGGAUGAUUUGGGAGAAUCUAAAAUCAACCCAAACUAUUUUUAUUUUAAAAAAUAUCAAAAAGCUAAUAGAACUUUUCUAUUGGCACUUUUCAGGCUCUACAUGAUGGUGUUUUUAAAUUUUGUGCCCGACGGCUCGUUUUUGAGAAACCAUCAACUUCAUUUUUUUAUAUGGCCGAAAAAAGAGUACGUACCCUUUAUCUUAUAGAAUUCUUUUAUAAGAACUCAACGAUGUAUCACACGUUACAUUUAGUUUCUUGGUUAUAAAGAAAAAUGCGUCUAUUCUGAUUUUUUUAUUUCUUUUUUAAGUGGG